GUGCACAUGGGCCCCAGGUAGCGGGUGCUGGCCGCGAUGAGACCUGAAGCGCCCGGGCAGGUUGACGCAGCUCUCCGGGUGACAGACACCCGCUUGCAGCCUGGGCCGGAGGGGUCCGCAAGCAGCAGCUCUGGGGUCCUUUGCCAGGCACUUGGCUGCAGUAUCUUCACCUCGAGCGUCUCCUCAGCAGCUGAGCGAGUCAGUGCCAUCCUGCGGCAGGAGGAGGCGGGCGACAGAAGAUGCCCGCUGCUCUUCGUCCAGCUCAACGAGCUGCUCAGCAGCCCAGCGGGCCUGGAGUGGAGAGAGACAGCCAGGUGGAUAAAGUUCGAGGAGAAGGUGGAGGAUGGAGGGGACCGCUGGAGCGCACCCCACGUCACGGCCCUCCCCCUACACAGCCUCUUUGAGCUGAGGAUGUGCCUACAGAAGGGGACAGUCCUCCUGGAUCUGGAUGCCCACAGUUUCAAGGAAAUAAUCGACAAGGCACUUUCCGGGCAGCCCGAGGAGCGAGCUCUGCGGCCUGAGCUGAAGGAUCGCCUGGCAGCCCUGCUGCUCGGCCAGCCCCGGCACCAUGCCACCAGAUCUCCGCUGCGGACGCUUGCUGAGCUCGGCCUCUCCCCCUGCAGAGAGAAGGCCAAAAACCGGUCUGAGCCCAGAGCCCAGCUCUCAGAAACGCCUCUCAAGGAGCAGCUGAAAAACAAAUUCAAGAAGAAGCUCCCGCCAGGGGCUGAAGUAGCCAGUGUGCUCGUUGGUGAAGUUGACUUCCUGGAGAAGCCCUUUAUCGCCUUCAUUCGCCUCAAGGAGACGGUGGCCCUUGGUGCACUCACCGAAGUCGCUUUCCCUAGCAGGUUUAUUUUCAUCCUGCUGGGCCCACGAGCCAAAGCAAAAGCCUACCAUGAGGUUGGAAGGGCCAUGGCCACACUGCUAACAGAUGAGCUCUUCCAAAGGAUUGCCCAGCAGUCUGAGCACCGAGAAGACCUCAUUGCAGGGAUUGAUGAAUUCCUGGAUGAGCUGACUGUGCUGCCUCCCGGGAAAUGGGACCCCAGUGCCCGAAUCCCUCCGCCAAACUGCCUGCCCUCUCCACACAAAAGGAUUGCCAUGCACCUGCGGGAGUGGAAAUCUAUCUGCAACAGGAACACAGCAGCUGCUGAGGACAGACCUGGCCCAGGGCACCCACAUUUCAGUGAAGAGCUGGAGAGGACAGGAAGGCUCUUUGGAGGCCUGGUCAGAGACAUCCAGAGGAAGGCACCUUGGUACUGGAGUGAUUUUUCUGAUGCCCUGCACAUCCAGUGCCUCUCGGCGGUCCUGUACAUCUACCUGGCAACGGUCACCAAUGCUAUCACCUUCGGGGGCAUGCUUGGGGAUGCGACUGCUAACAUGCAGGGUGUGCUGGAGAGCUUUCUGGGCACUGCCUUUGCUGGAUCCAUCUUUUGCCUCUUUGCCGGCCAGCCUCUGACCAUCCUGAGCAGCACUGGCCCUGUGCUGGUCUUUGAGCGCCUCCUCUUCUCCUUCAGUGAGGAUUACAGCCUGGACUACCUGGAGUUUCGUCUCUGGAUUGGGCUCUGGGUGGCCUUUUUUGGCUUGGUCUUGGUCGCCACCGAAGCGAGCUACCUGGUGCAGUAUUUCACCCGCUUCACCGAGGAAGGCUUCUGUGCCCUCAUCAGCCUGAUAUUCAUCUAUGACUCCAUGAAGAAGAUGGUGAGCCUGGCAGACACCUACCCCAUCAACUGGCAGUACAGGACUGAGGACGUCACCUUGUACAACUGCAUCUGUAACUUGUCCAGCCCAGGCAAUGUUUCAGCAUGGAACAACACGCUGCUCCCUUCGCCCGUCACCCUGCAGGAGCACCCAGAGGCUGUCAUCCUAGCCAGGCUGAGCAAGACCCAGUGUUUGGACCAAGGAGGCCACCUCCUGGGAGCCAGCUGCCACUACGUGCCUGAUGUCACUCUCAUGUCCUUCCUCCUGUUUGGGGGCACCUUCCUGUGUUCCACAAUGAUCAAGCGCUUCAAGACCAGCCGCUACUUCCCCACGAUGCUUAGGAAGAUGGUGAGCGACUUCUCCAUCAUUCUGGCCAUCCUCAUCUUCUGCACCAUUGAUGCGGUCCUUGGCCUGGAGACCCCCAAGCUCCUUGUCCCCAGUGAGCUGAAGCCCACAAACCCUGCACGGGGCUGGAUCAUCUCCCCCUUUGGAGCCAACCCCUGGUGGGUUUGUUUGCUGUCUGUGGUGCCUGCCGUCCUUGUCACCAUCCUCAUCUUCAUGGACCAGCAGAUCACGGCCGUCAUCCUCAACCGCAGGGAGUACAAGCUGCAGAAAGGGGCAGGCUUUCACCUGGACCUCUUCUGUGUCUCCCUCCUCAUGAUUGUCACCUCUGUGAUGGGCCUUCCUUGGUAUGUGUCUGCCACGGUCAUCUCACUGGCGCACAUGGAGAGUCUCAAGAAGGAGAGUACAACGUCAGCUCCAGGCGAGCAGCCCAAGUUCCUGGGCAUCAGGGAGCAGAGGCUGACCGGCUUGGUGGUCUUCAUCCUGACAGGAGUGUCCGUGUUUAUGGCACCCAUUCUCAAGUAUAUCCCGAUGCCAGUGCUGUACGGGGUCUUUCUGCACAUGGGGGUGGCAGCUCUGAACAGCAUCCAGUUCACAGAACGAGUGCAGCUGCUCCUGAUGCCGGCCAAGCACCAGCCAGACCUCAUCUACCUCCGCCAUGUGCCUCUGCGUCGAGUGCAUCUCUUCACCUUCAUCCAAAUGCUGUGCCUGGCUGUGCUCUGGGUCCUCAAGUCCACUGUAGCUGCUAUUAUUUUCCCAGUGAUGCUGCUGGCCCUGGUGGGCAUCCGUAAGGGGCUGGAGUGCAUCUUCUCCCUGAACGACCUGAGUUGGCUGGACAGCAUCAUGCCAGAAACAGCCAGGAGGGAGACAGAGGGGAAACAGGAGAAGGAGGAGAGUGACAGUGAGGAGUCUGAUCUGAUGCAUCACCAAGGACCAGAAAUCAACAUCUCUGUGAAUUAGGAUCGCAGCCGGGAUGCAGGGCAAGGCACUUGCCUUUACCCUUCAGCUUGGUGGAGCUGGGCUGUGCAGGAGAGGGUGAUGACAUUGCCAUGCUGUGUCCUCCAUAACGAUGCCAUGCGGUAAUUCCUGUGUGCUGCCAGCCACCUGGAGCAGCCGCACCCCUGAAAGUGGCUCCGUUCAUUAGCCAGCCCACAGGCUCCACUUGGUUUGAUCACCGCCUGGGAGCUCGCUGGGAUCAGCCUUGACUUAAUUGUCACAAAUGGCCCUUCAGGUUCCCCGGUGCAUCUGAUGCAAGAUACGCUGCCCCCUUCCAGACCCAUGCAGAUGUAAGGACCUCACAGCCUGCCCCAGCCUACAGUGCCUCCUCUCUGCUCCUGCCUGACCACCCCUGCCCUGAGAGCUAAAGCAGUCCUCAGGAAGCAUCACUUGCCCACAACCUCAAUUGCUGGCAUCCCUACAGCCUGGCAGUCUCCAACACCGCAGUGGCUUGGGCUACCCAAAGGGGGUUAUUUGGGAUGAAGGGAGGAGCUGGGAGAGACGCUCAGGAGAAUUUCCCCUGGGUAAGUACAGCCCUUAGCAGGAUGGGCCGUCUGACAGCUCAGCACAGCCAAUGCAUCUCCCAGCGAGGUGGCCAAAGUCUGCCAGAGGACGGCACGCUGGAGCGAGGGGCUGAGGGCUGAGGGCUGAGGGCAAAGGACUGAUGGGGCUGGUCCACAGUGCCUGCCAGUUCAAGCCACAGUGUGUUGCGGGGUCACUCCGUCUUCUGCUUCCAAAUCAGCUCCUGCCUAGACCCAGGGUGCUGACCCAGGGCUACCGGUGAGACAGGCACACCCAGGCCACGCUCACCUAUUGGCUGGUGCCUGGGGUGGGCCUGUGUCUCAGGCGCCUCCAUGGGCUGGGAGCUGCAGCCCAGGCCAGCUGCCCACUGCUGGCACUGCUCAGGGACUCACCCGGGAAGAAGCAACCGGAGGAGGGCAGUGCCUGGUGCUUCUGGCACCGAAGUGGAUCGCCCGCCUCCUGCGGAAGAGCCACUGUGUCCCUCAGCCAGGGCAGGGCUGGCGAGAGCCCUAUGGCACCCUGGUGACAUUACAUUGCAAAACUCACUCUGAUAAUUAAAGAUAAUCUGUGUUUGUUUCAAUAAAUAGUGGU